AUGGCGAGGACUUCCGCGUCGCCUCUGCGGGGCGCUGCCUUGCUGUUUAUUCUUUUCCUUCUUUCAGACGUCCCUGAUUUGUUCCUUCCUCUCAACCAGUCUCUCCACUCUUGGCAGUCUCCUGUCUUGGCUUCGAGAGCUGCAGAAAACGAUGCGCCUCGCCCCGUCAGUUUUCGAGAAGUUGAUGGAGACCAGAGCUCGGGCGUUGGGGCCCCUGGCGGCGCUAAUCCCGCAGGGUCUCCACACACUGAGAGCAAACAGGACGGUGCAGGCGCGUCUGGUGGCUACACGCCGAGGGAGACGGGGUAUCAAAACAUUGUGGCGAAGCAAGUCGAUGAAGGGGCGUUCGGCGCACCAUCGGCCGCUGGCGGUCCGUCAUUCCACACUGCGCACUUCGACGUGGGGUCGGAUGGAGGCGAUUUGGGCUCUCUUCGGAUCCACUUGCAUUCGCAGCCCGGCGUCAGUGAAGCGACUCCGAACGUAGGGCCCUCCGUCAUUUCCGUUUACACCGCGAAUGGGCCUCUGCCUGGCGCGUCGUUGGGUUCGCAAGGCCAGGCUCCGCGCAUUCAGACUGCCGGAGGAGCCCAGAUGCCGUUCGGCUGGGUGCCGCAGGUCGACAUGCCCAGCGUGGCGGAGAAGAACCUGGUCGAGUUGCGGAAAAUGCUGAGAGACGAAGGCUUCGUUGAGGCGCUGCAAGUGCGCGCCGCGGAAAAGGGCUGCCCGGUGUACGUCCUGCAGAACCUGAAGCAGAUCCCCGUGCGUUUCCGCGAGGUUCUGAACGAGGAGAUGGAGGCGCGAAGCAACCCGAAUCGCCUCUUUGAGGUUGCGAACUCGUAUGUGAGGACUCCGGAGGAGGCUCGCGCGUGGAGCGGCAGCGAAUCCGUCUCCUUCGAGUUCUCCCUCGCCGAGACUCGAGCCGCGCCCGCACCGGCAGACGGGGGCAGCUCGGGCUUCCACAUUCCGCCGCCGCCGCGCCCGAUUCCGGGGCAGCAUGACCCGAGCGAAGAGGGCAGGAAUCCGACGGCGAAGCGUCUCGUGGGGACCCAACUGGGGCUUUACCUCGAGUGCAAGCUCCAGGCGCUUCUCGGGCACCCUGCCAUUUUCUUUAACCCGUUCUACUCGGAGCAGCAGCUGCUCGAAACCGUCGCUGCGGCGAUCGGCAUCGCCCCGCCGCUGCGCGAAGACGAACAAGACCGGACAGUCAGACGUGACGCCGUCGAAUACAGCGGGAGCGUGGAUCAGCUGCUCGGCGCCGUGGAGCUCUUCAGGCUCGCUUCCAACCCCUUCACCUUGGGGCACGCUGUGCUGCUGAUGAUUGCGUAUCUCGACUACCACGCGUUCUUCGACCCGAGUCCGAAGAAGCCGUUCUACUCGUGGGCGACGCUGGCUGCUUCAGCAGGCAACGACACGGGAUUCGAGAUGCUUGACGAGAUGUGCGACAACCACCGAGGCCCGAAGAAGCCGGGACGGAGGGCGUGGUAUGAGCGCGGCGGCUCGCGGAAACAUAAGGAUGCGUCCGUGACGCCGCUCCAUCGCCACCUCUGCGACGCCUUGGAAAUCAUUCUCGACGGCAUUCAGCAGACGCAAAUCGACGUCCUGGAGGAGCUCAGCAAGUACAAAGUCCCCGUGGAGCCUCUAGUCGACCCUGCGACAAACAGCGCGCGUGCGCAGACGCGGCUGUGCCGCGGUCUGUCGCCGUUCUGCGACUACGAAGCGACGAUCCUGGCGCCUGUCCGCGCACUCGACGCCCACGAGCAACGCGAGUCUCUGAAGACGAAAAAGGCGUUCAACCUUCUCACCGGCUACGGCAGCGGCUACGUGGGUCAGAUCGCUGGCGACGUCGCGGAGCCCUUCUUGUACGCAUGGCGCGCGCGUUGGGGGAAGAUCCUGUCCGACCCCACUGCGUACUCAGAAGUCUUGGAGCGCGCGCUGUGGUUCGAAGACCGCGAGUUCCUGGCAAAGAAGAACGGAUAUUUCUUCUCGCAGUACGACAAAAUGGUGAAGAACAAGAUGUCCUUCGGAGCCCUGGAUGGCGUCUCUGAAGGACUGUCAGAGCGGGACAUCCGCAGCAAUCUGCAAAGCUACAUCGCGCGCCGCGCCGAGUUCGUGGAGAAGCGAAAGGCGUCGUCCCUCGCGAAGCUGCGCAAGAAGAUCCCCGAGCGCGACCCGUACGCCUUCAACGUCGCCAUUCUUCUCUCACUCAACGCGCGAACGUACUGCACGCAGAGCGGCUCCUUGUUGACGAAGCUCCGCCCCUUUCUGGCAAGUCAGUUUGCAAAGCUAAGCAAGAGCUCCAACGUGCCUCGCACGCAGCGGUCGAUGAUGGCCUUCUUCCGCACGGGACAGUCCAAGUUCUUCCACGAGUGGUGCAGCUUCGACCCGCUCGCGGUUAACACGCUUUUCCUUUUCCGCUUUGCGCUCUCCGGCAACGAUCCCGCGGCGCUCAACGACAAGCAGCACGCGCGCGUGAGCAAGACCAAAACGACACUCCGCAUUCUGCAGUCCAAGUGGACGCCCAACAUGCUGAAGAAGCUUCUGAAGGGCCCCAACCAGAAGAAGAUGGCUGGACAAGCGAAAGCGCUGUUGCUUCGCAGCUUGGACCCGAAUCUGCUGUCAGGUAUUUUGACGUCGUUCGACUUCAUCACGCACACGCAGGCGAACCUGGCGGUCAACCAGAACUCGUUCAUGUACCACGAAGCGGAGCAGCGCGGAGACUUCAUGAAGCCUUCGGCGACGCAGAAGGCCGCGCAUAAGCUGCACCAACAGGGCCUCGUGCGCCACACCGACAAGAUAAUCAAGGACUGGGCGGAGUACGGAAUUCCAGGCGACAUCAAGCGGCGGCUGGCGAAGGGCGAACAGCUGCCGCCGGGCACGACGUUCGGCUCGAUUCCGAUUCCAGAUUUGACCAACUGGGAUGCGCAGCUGAACCAGAAGUGGCUGGACGCGUACAACUCGUAUCUGGUGCAUCCCUACGGCCGCGCAGCGCUGAACGCGAAGGACCCCGUCGCGAUGCUGAUCAAGGACUCGCGCGACCGGCUGCAGGCUGAGGGCGAGGGCACGAUCUUUCUGGGGCGAAUUGCGCGCCGCACACACCCGAGCAAGAAUCUGCUGCGCCGCGCGGGGCGUGCGCUGAAGAAGUUUUUCCUCUCGCUGCUGAGGGAGAACGAGCAGAGCGAUUAUGCCGUGUGGUUUGGAGUGAAGAUCGACAUGCGCCAGGUGCUGCAGAUCUGCCGCGCAAUCAACAAUGUGGCUGAAGCCGUCAAGAACGACAGACUCUACCAGUACAUCACCGACGGCUGGCUCGAGCUCGUCAAAGACGUGAUUGCGGGCUACACCAAGGCGCAUGCGCGCGUCCCUGGCUACGACAUCAUAUCCGCGGCGAACGAGCAGCUGCGGAAGCAGGGCAGAGACGCGGCAAUUGCGCGGAAUCAGGGAUUUUUGUCGAUUCACUACGACUAUGCGAACCUGUCCGAAGAGGAGCGCAAGAAGGAAUUCCAGCUUUCCAUGUGCAUGGAUCACUGCGAAGCCGUCUGGAAGCUCAUCAUGGCCUUCGUGAUGCCGAAUCUGCAGAAUCCGCAGAAAUUGAAGAGCUACGAGAAGGAUUUCUCGCGGGCAAAGGAAGUCGAGAAGCUGAAUGACCGGCACCAGGUGAACGCGUUCCGGUUCAGCAUGUCGGUGCAAGUCGACUUCUUCGACAACAUGCUGGACAAGACCUCGAAGAAGAGUCUCAAGGCGAUGAAGUACGGCGCGAGCACCUGGUUCACCUAUGCGAUGAAGCUCGCCGGGCAAGUCAACACCGAGAUGGGCAAUCCGCACCUGGGCACGACGCUGUACGUGCAGGCGCCGUACUACGGAGACUACAUUCGGAAGUGGAUGGAGGAGCGUCGGCAGUCGCGGAAACAGGCCAUCAUCGGCAUGCUCACGCUGGGCAUGAUGGGGCUGUACUCGCUCCUCAGCGUCACAGACAUCGUGCAGCACAUGGAAGACGUCGGCGGCGCGCCGCCCGUCUCCUGCGUGUCGAACGAGGUGCUGGGCGUGGCCUGCGCGCCGCAGGCGAUCGCAAAGGCGACCACAAGCGCAACCCGAGUCGCCACGCAGGACGUCCUAAAGGUUGGGCUUUUUGCGGGCAUCGCGCCCUACCUCAUGCUGCCCAUGGCCGUAGUCUCCGUGUGGAACAUCCUCAAGUCGGAAAUCAAGAUUCUGCUCCAGUUCGAGAUGGCAGUCAAACACAUGCUCUCUCGCCUCAAGCGCUGGCUCGCCGCGCCCUUCAAGAACUGGUGGGCGAAGCGUGGCAGGCUGAAGGACUCGCUCUUCAAGCGCGCCUCGCAAACCUACAAAAAAAACCGAACAAGAAACCAAGAGGCCGCCCGAACCCAAGGACCUGCACAGCCCCAGCAGCUGGGGUGA